AUGUCUCCCAAGAAGCGGACUUCAUCGAGCACCACCACACGACCCGCACGCGACCUCAUGGCCGUGACGGAGUCCUCUCCGCUGACGCGCAUUCCCUCUCCGGCGCGCUUUAUCCUUGUCGUCUUGAGCAGUCUGAUCGUGAGCUCAAUUCUGUUCACGCUAACCUCCAGCCUGACUCUGGGUGAUCUCGGGCCGAUCAGUAAACACCUAGAAGAAUGGUGGGAAGUGGGGGUCUUGGUCGGCUGGAGAGCUGUGGAAGUCGGGGUGGCCUGGGUGCUCGGGUUUGAUGGUCGCGAUGUCGCAUCGUUCCUCUUCUUGACCCACCUACCGACAUACUCCCUCUUGUCCUGCUUCUAUAACGUGCGCCCGACCUCAGCGCUGAUCUCCUAUGGAAUCACAAUCAUAUCGACGGCUCUUCCAUUUGUCGUCCUGCGCCGGCCCUCGUCCGUCCACGAUCUCUCCCACACGCCCUCUGGCGCAAUUGCCAACCGAGGCAUCUUGCAGGACAAGCUCACCACUUUCUUCACGAGCUUGCUCGCAACCUCAAUUUUCAGCAUUGUGCUAUAUAUCAGCUACGCGUCCUGGCUUCCUGCGCAACUGGUCGUGCACUUCGAGAGUCUCCCGGAUAUUAGCGCCGCGCACGCUGGACCCGCCGGCCUGCCGGUGCUCUUCCUGACUCUUGCUCCUGCUGGCUGGGCCGCGCGUGACUUCCUGUUCGUCAGCUCUACCGGAUACGCGAUCAACGACCCUCAGUCGGCGAGCGCGAGUCGCGAAGGCGAAUACUUGAUUACGGCUAUUUACCGCAAGACCUGGGGCAAGCUAUCCCCCAAGGCCAGAAUCCUGGUUUCUCGGUCAAUUAUCCUUGCAGCUGGUAUUCUACUCAACACCAUUGUCCAAGUGGCUGGCACCAUUCGUGAUGUCUCUGUCGUAGGUGCUGCUACAUGGGGAUCCAUCUGGGCUGUUUCUGCGCUUGUUACAGGAAUAAGCUUUGGCUGGAUUGAAGCCGUGGAUGGUGUAUGA